UUCUUAAACGUCACAGAGUUCAGAAAGAGAGUGAAGAGAAGAGAAACCACAGCCAGAACAAGAGAAUCAGAAUCAACGAUGAAGAGGAUCUCUCUGAUUCUGAUGGGCUGUGGAGGCGUUGGCCGCCAGCUCCUCCAUCACAUCGUCUCUUGCCGAUCUCUUCACGCCAAAUUGGGAGUUCAUCUGCGAGUUGUUGGAGUGUGUGACAGUAAAUCGUUGGUUGUUCCUUCAAAUGUGCUUAAGAUGGAGUUACAUGAUAAUUUCUUAUUGGAGGUUUGCCGCAUCAAGGCGAGUGGUGCUUGUCUGUCAACUCUUUCUGGUUCAGGUGAAUGCCAAGUAUUCAUUGCCGCAAAAUCAAGAACCAAAAUAAUUGAUAUUGCCGAAGUCCUGGGCAAAUCAACAGGUUUGGCCUUAGUAGAUUGCUCAGCUAGUUCCGAGACUAUUGAAGUUCUAACUAGGGGGGUAGAUUUGGGUUGUUUUAUUGUUCUUGCAAAUAAGAAGCCUCUUACUUCUUCGAUGGAAGAUUAUGAUAAAUUGAUCUCACACGCACGGCGUAUUCGGCAUGAAUCAACUGUUGGUGCUGGCCUUCCUGUCAUAUCAUCACUGAAUCGCAUACUUUCAUCAGGAGACCCUGUCCAUCGAAUUGUUGGCAGUAUGAGUGGUACAUUGGGGUAUGUAAUGAGUGAGCUUGAAGAUGGAAAGCCAUUAAGCCAAGUCGUCAAGGCGGCUAAAAGCCUGGGAUUCACUGAACCAGAUCCACGUGAUGACCUCGGUGGGAUGGAUGUUGCUAGAAAGGCUUUGAUCCUUGCUCGACUUCUUGGGAGGAAGAUCAACUUGGAUACCAUAGAGGUAGAGAGCUUGUAUCCUAAGGAAAUGGGACCUGAUGCAAUGUCUGUUGAAGACUUCCUUGGCGGCAGGAUUGCACUGCUUGACAAGGAUAUCCAUGGGAGGGUUGGAAAGGCUUCAUUGAAUGGGAAUGUGCUUCGUUAUGUUUUUGUCAUUGAGGGAUCAAGAUGUGAGGUUGGCAUUCAAGAGGUCCCUAAAAAUUCUCCUUUGGGAAGAUUGAGAGGAAGUGAUAAUCUUCUCGAAGUGUACAGUCGUUGUUAUAAAGAUCAGCCAUUAGUUAUUCAAGGCGCUGGAGCCGGGAACGAUACUACGGCAGCCGGUGUUCUUGCAGAUAUUAUUGACAUUCAGGAUUUAUUUCCAUGAAAGAGGCCUUGGAGUCCUUUUUGGUAAACCAUGGUGGUGUUCUUUCCUAAUAAGUGAUUUAGAACUGAAAAAGAGCUGGGGAAUGUUUGGGAGUUGCAA